AUGCUGGUCACAGGUACAGAAGAUGGGAGUGCUUUAGUAAUUCACCUAGCUGGUGAUUCUCUUUUAUCUUUUCCUCCUCUUCUCUUCCCAUUCCCAACAGCAAAUGUAACUCUGGAUCCAGACACAGCUCAUUGUUACCUUAUCCUGUCUGAGGAUCAUAAAAGUGUAACAUAUGGAAACACAUAUCAAAACCUGCCAGACAAUCCAAAGAGGUUCAAGAAUAGUUUUUCUGUCCUGGGAUGUGAUGGAUUUACAUCAGGCAGAUAUUUCUGGGAAAUCUGUGUGGGAGAAGAAGACCAGUGGAUGGCAGGGGUUGCCAGAAAGUCUGUGGAGAGAAAGGGUGACUUUGUCAGGGGGCCUGAAGGGGGAAUCUGGGCUAUAGGGAAGUGGAACGGUGCAUAUAAAGUUGCUAACAGUCCUCAUCACUUGACCUUGUCUCUGAACAGUGAGCUCAAAAGAAUCCGAGUGUCUCUGAACUAUGCUGGAGGUCAAGUGGCCUUUUGUGAUGCUGAUACAGGAGUCCAUCUCUAUUCAUUCUCUGGGGCUUCAUUCACAGGAGAGACACUCCUUCCUUUUUUUUAUGUGUACGAAAAAGGCUGCGUGAGCAUUUCUCCUUAA